AGGGAGGAGAGUGCUCGCUCCUCGUACCUAUAGUGCCUCCCACACACACACACACACACACACACACGCUCACCCACGCACUCAACUGCGUGAAAGUGCUGCUGUCACUGUGAACUGUGUUGAUGGGACUGUGUGUUGCCUCUUAGUGUGUACGUGGGUUUCGUAGUGGUUGUGGUAGAGGUGUUUUACCACAGCCCAGCGGGCUCCCCGCCGCUCUCAGACUGUUGUGACAGGAUCGAUGUCACUGUCAUUCAGUUAUCCCGACCAACACGAAUCCUUCGUGUGAAACAGAAGCUUAUCUUCCUUGUGUAUAUAAACUCCUACUAUACGUUUGAUGGAUUACAAAGCACCUGUAUCGAUUCGGAAUCCUCAUUCACGGGUACAGGAGGCUUGUUAUCGUCCCCCUAGAUAAGAUAAGAUAAAUACUGACAAUCUCUAGCCUGCUGCCCCCCCCAAUACAGUUGCAUUAAUUCACAAGACACAGAGAAAUUCACAAAAGACUAGGUGAACAGAGGAACCAGAUGAAAGGAAAAAAGUGUCCUGACACGGAAUCCUAACCUGAAAAUCAUUUGGUUGUGAGCCGACAACGCCGACCACUGCGCUACAGGAUGCCCGCAUAUGAGGUCUUGAAGUGACCUGCCCUGGUGUCUUGAAGUGACUUGCUGUGUCACUAAGGUACCAUUCCCCUGAAGUGACUGGCAGUACUGACCUGAUAUAGCCUGAGUCCGUCUGCUGACGUGAGGCUGUAAGGUGUAUUGACCUGAAAGAGGCAACAGAGGAGCCUGAGUCCGUCUGCUGACGUGAGGCUGUAAGGUGUAUUGACCUGAGAGAGGCAAUAGAGGAGCGAGGAUGAUGUCGAGACUGCUGAAAUUGUUGUCCUGGAUGGGGCUGUGGUCAGCACCUCUGGUGGUGCUCAAUGCCAACGCCCCACCGACGGAACUCACACCAACACCCACCCAGAUGGUCGAAAUGACCUCCAAGUUCAUGAACAUUCUGUUAGACAACUUCGUCACUGAGGAGGGCAAGAAGGUGUCAUACCUGGCGCUGGAACACAGCUCCCUCUAUACCACCAACUUCCAGGAGUUCGGAUCCCUGCUCAAGAGAGUCGACCCCCUCGCCAUGAACGCCACUGAACGCAAGUCCUUCUUCAUCAACCUGUACAACCUGCUGACCAUCCACGCCCUGGUGUCCAUGACCAGCCUUCCCACCAGCACUGUCAGCGUCACAGACUUCUGGAGGAGGUACGCCUACCAGGUGGGCCCCUUUACCCUGCACCUCGACGACCUGGAGCACGGCGUCCUCAGAGGUAAUCGGCCACAUCCAACCACCAACACUGUCUUCUUCAAGGAUGGCGACCCGCGCCUCGCUCUCUCUGUCCCGGCUGACCAUCGCAUUCAUGCUGCCCUCAACUGUGGCGCCCUGGGAUGCUCACCGCUAGCCUCAUACAGCCCUGGGGACCAGGAGCUGGAGCAGGACCUGGAUGACGCCAUGCAGCGCCUCUGUAACACCUCCGUCACCCGCGUCAACCACAACUCCAUCGUCAUCAACUCUAUAUUUCAGUGGUUCAGUUCCGACUUUGCUGACACAGAGAAGCUCACUCUUAGGUUCCUUGCGGACUGCAUCCAGGACUCAGCGAUGAAGGCGCUAGUGUCGAGGGCAGCGGCGGGAGAGGUCGCCUACACUUACCACUACGACUGGACCCUCAAUGCCGUGUCCGGUGCUGGGGGCGCGCCGCUCAAGCUGGUGGUGUACUUCGAGUCCCUCUGUCCCGACUCUGUUCGGUUCUUCAAGCGGCAGCUCUACCCGACCUGGCGCGACCUCAAGGAUAUCAUCCACCUCGAGUUUGUUCCAUUCGGCAAGGCCAGGGCCACACCAACUGGAACUGGGGACUACGAGUUCGAGUGCCAGCAUGGCCCUGACGAGUGCCACGGGAACAAGGUGAUGGCCUGUGCUCAGGACUCCCUCCCCAUCGAUACACAAGUGGAGUUCUUCAACUGUAUGAUGAGCAAGUCGUACCCCGCCACCACAGGGCAGGAGUGCAGCAAAACUGUGGGCAUUGAGUGGGCCCCAAUUAGGGAGUGUUCCGAGAGUGAGGUUGGGUCUACUCUGCUCUACAAGAAUGGCAUUCGGACAGCGGAGCUGGAGCCGCCUGUACGUUUCAUCCCAACAAUUACUAUCGAUGGGCACUACAAUAACCACCAGUUGCGGAGCUCGCUCAAGGACCUGAAGAGUCAGGUCUGCAACAUGUUCCAGGGGCCUCCACACCACAACUGCUCCGGAAAUUAAAUAACACGAAACUUUAGAUAAACUUUAAUCAUUUGUAUUAUGAUAUAUUAACUCCUUUUCGAUUAGUUAUUUACAAUUCAUUCUUGUUUCCUAGAAUGCUAACUAAAAAAUGCAAUAUUGCAUAUGCAAUGUUGUUAAUAUUUCAGAUACUUUAAGAAUUACUCUUCUUAUAAGUAUGAUUAUGGAAUGUUAUUUUACACAAAUUACUCGCCCCCUUCCUCCUAAGGUUUCCUAAUGUAAAAAAAAAAAAAAAACGGUCAGUUUAAGGUGUCCUCUCCUAACCUACCAGAGGACCCAAAGCGGAAAACGGAACAUCACGUCACUUUCGCGAACCGCUUCCAUUUUCUAGUAUGACCAUUUUUGGCCUUAUAUAACGCAUACGACCGAAAAGCGACGUUCUUUGAAGGAAGACAGGUUGAAUUACUAAGUCUUAAAACCUUUAACAUCACUAAAUAUUGUCAUCAGUUUUGUAUUUCUUUGUUAAUCAUCAAUUACAGGUAGUAUAUAAUCAGUAUAUUGUAUACAGUAAUUUACAUAUUGUAUACUGUAGUCUACAUAAUGUAUACAAUAGUCUACAUAAUGUAUUUAAUGUGUAAUUGUAAAAUUGAGCAUAUUUGGAAGUUUAAUUAUUUAGGUGGUCGAUUCCAACGAAACUAAUAGGAAUUAAAACAAAUAAAUUUUUGUGUAUAAUGAACAUAGAGUACUAUGAUAUAUUUUAUAUCAUAGUGAAGCUCGUGAUUGAACUGUAUACAUCGUAUUAUGGCAUUUAAAAUAUUUUAUUUAUUAACAUUUACAAUGAAUUUUAACUAACAGCAUGUCAAGUUUUAUAUUAAAUAAUCUAAGCAAAUAAUUGUGUUAUACUUUGAAAGGUUAUUAAACGUGAUUUUUUA